UUUUUAUCUCCGCACAUUAAAAAUUCACAUAUUUUUCCAUUUCCCUCGCUCGAAUUCGAACUUUUUGGAUUGUAAUGGACGAGCCCAAUUUCCGGCACAACGUCAAGCGAGGCCCCGGGGCUGCGGCUAGCGGUGGCCAGGGCACAGCGCCCUCCAAACCAACCAUCUCUAUGCGAGGCCACUGGCUUCUAUCAUUCAUGCUGAUUGCGGCGAGCACGGCUGGCUUUUGGCUGUUUUCCAACGGAUUCCUGCUUUCGCGAAUGGUUCUUCCCGACCACUCACAGGCAGCAGCCCUUCCAUUUACUGACGCGCAGUCAGGGAGGUCGGGGCCUGCGUGUGAGUGGUACCCGGCAAAGUUUGAGCGAACAAUAGUUUUGGUUGUUGACGCCAUGCGGGCGGACUUUGCCACCUGGAGCGAUCAGCUCAACUCGACAGAAUUCGGAGAGGGCGAGGCUACUGCCACGACACAGCACCAGAGGCGCCGGAGACCCUACCACAAUAAGAUGCCGGUGAUCAACUCCCUCAACAAGGAGUAUCCCGAGCAGACGAUGCUUUACCGAUUCCGCGCUGAUCCACCGACGACCACACUGCAGCGGCUGAAGGGCCUGACGACUGGCCAGCUGCCGACAUUUAUUGACGCCGGGAGCAACUUUGCCGGCAGUGCAAUCAGCGAGGACAACUGGCUACAAGCCAUGCGCUGGAAGUCCCUUUACGCGUGCACUGGUACAGGGAUCCCCGGCGAGACACAGGGCAAUGGGUUCAAGCGCAACUUGGUGUUCCUGGGAGACGACACGUGGAUCAGCCUGUUCCCUGAAGAGCUCAGCGACACUCAGUUGCUGGAGCAAAACGAUACUCUGUGGAACGAGGCAUCGGAGGCUGGUGUCGAGGGCCGCCGUGGGUGGGCGCGUGUGCGGCCGUUUCCCAGCCUUAAUGUUUGGGACCUGGACACUGUUGAUGAUGGCGUCCUCAGCCGCCUACCUUUCUUCUUGCUUCCCCCAGAGCAUUCCAGUGGUGCCGCAGACUCUGAGGAGAUUCGCACCGAGCGCGAGCAGUGGAGGCAGCUGGUCAAGCAGACCAACAUGCUUGCGCACUCUGACUUUGGCCCGAUGGGGGCCCCGGAAAACAAGAUGAUCAGUGACAAGGUUGGCGCCGAGCAGCUUCACCGCAACUGGGACGUCAUUGUUGCGCAUACUCUGGGAGUAGACCACUGUGGACACCGCUUUGGCCCUGAUCACCACGCGAUCAGCCAUAAGCUGGCACAGAUGAACCAGGCCAUAGAGUUGAUCGUGCGGGCAAUCAACCGCUCAGACAAGCCUACUUCACUCUAUGUUUUUGGCGACCACGGGAUGGACCCUAAGGGCGACCACGGCGGCGACAGCCCUCGCGAGGUGGAUGCCGCGCUGUGGGUGUACUCGAACAAAAAGUGGAACACCAAGGAUGCCGGCGAGCGCAUUAACCGGGUGCUGGAGGCCACAUCGUCGAUUCUGGACAACAUUACAAUGGGCGCGGCUUUCGACGAAGACCUGCGCAGCAGCUGGUGGCUCAAUACACAUCUCAGUGACGACUACGGAAAGAAGGACGGUGCACGCAUUGUAGACCCUGUGAAGCUGCGCAGCGUGCCCCAAAUUGACCUGGUCUCCACACUGUCGCUGUCUUUGGGUCUUCAUAUCCCCUUCAACAACCUCGGUGCUGUCAUUCCCGAGUUUUUUGCUUCCGACUAUAGUGGCCCUAGAAACGAAUGGGGCCUGCUGCGUGCUCUGCGCUUGAACACCGCCCAGGUUAUGAAGUACUUGGAGACAUACAUACGUAGCUCCAAGUCGCACGGCUUUUCUGAAGAAGCUGUGCUCGCGUGGAGAGACAUGUACGAGCGCGCUGAGACCAGCUACCGAGAGCUAUCUGACCUCGUUGCCCACAAUCCCAAUGCGCACCGGCAGUCAGACAUUAUGAUGCUGGAGGAGGCCGUUGCCGCCCAGUAUUUUGCCUUUCUCCGUGUUGUCUUGGGCACUCUGCGCCAGAUGUGGGCGCAGUUCGACCCCGUGCUUAUUAUUACCGGACUUGUCACAUUGCUUUCGGUACUUGCAGCCCUGGUGGUGCUUUACAUUUGCUCGAGAAAGAUAACUCUGGAACGUAUUAUCGACAGCGCGUUGAUGUCUAGCAUUGGUGGUGGUGUUGCUGGUGCCGUUGCGGCUCGGGCACUGGGCACCGCGCUCAAUGCCGGAUCGGUAACCCACAUAUCGCAAUUGGAAUCGACAAUUGCCGGAUUCGCGAUUGGAUCAGUCUGCACUUUCAGCGUCAGCGCGCUUCAGGCACUGGCGAAAUCAGCAACAUCAUCUGUUGAGAGCAGUAUUGGGGCCAGGAUGCACACCCUGUUGCGAACAGACAGUGUCCUCAACGGAGCCGCCUGCAUAUUGGCGCUCAUGCAUUGCCUGGCAUUCACGUCAAAUAGCUUUACAUUUAACGAGGAUAGCAUUGUGCUUUACUUGCUGCAAACACUGACAGUGAUUAACUUGCUGAGCGCGGCCAAGUCACUGAGGUCCUCGGCGACAGAUACACAGAAGGCUGCCGGACAGCGUGCCCUCGUAUGCGCACUGAUUAUUCUUGGUCUCAAUCGCAUUUCGUCGUACUCAACUGUGUGCCGCGAGGAGCAACUGCCGGGCUGCACGCCGACGUUCUAUGGUCUGCCAUCAGCGUCUAUUAGCAACAUCUACCUUGCUGCGGUUAACGGGAUUAUGGUGUGGUUGGUCCCCUUUGUCGUACAGUGGGUUCUGCGGCGCUCGCGCAGUGACCGGGCCAUGGUCGCAAAACUGUGGGUCAGCAUUGGCAUGCGUGUAAGCAUGGGCAUGUCAGCUGCGUACUGGGUCUUGGAUUCGAUCGACGGCACUUUGGCUACGACCACUGCUGCUGCUCAACCUAUGGCCACCUCUUCUACGGGUUCUGCGAGCUCAGAUUGGGGCGAGUUGCGCAUUGUCCUGGCGCGUAUGGCCAUUGGUAUUGCACUUGGCGGAGGAUUUGCCGCAUGGUAUUCCAGCCCGUUCUGCCUCGAUGUGGCAAUAACCGACGCGCCUGCCGCCAAAAAGGCAAAAUCCACCCCUGGUGCUCAGCCUCCGCAGCAAACCGCAGUUAUCCUUGGCUAUGGAAACGCUUACGGCGCUGCAUAUUUGAUAUUUGCGACAGUUGUGUUCAGCACUCUCUACCUGGUUCAGCAGCCGAUGGGCGGAAUCAUGCUGUCGCUGCUGUUUAUCAAAAUUAUUCUUUGCGCCGAGCUCUUUGACUCUAUGCGCGACGCACUGGCUCUAGAUACUACGAAUUCGCUUGUUCCUGUGCAAAUGACCAUGAUGGCCAUGCUGGCGUACCUGGACUACUUCUCCACCGGGCACCAGUUUACUCUAGUUUCGAUUCAGUGGAGUACCGCAUUUAUUGGCAUCAGAGAGAUGCAGCUUGUUGUAUGCGGAGUUAUCGUCGCGAUCAACACUCUGGGUUCCUUUGUGUUGACCGCCGCUUGUGUUCCGAUGGUUGUUCUGUGGAACGAGUCGCUUGGAUCUCAGAUUCUCCGCCUAGCCCCGGACAGCUAUGUCGCUAGGAUCACAGGUGCUGCCGCUGCAUUCACUGCCUACCACCUUUUGAUUGCCACCAGCUCGGCUAUAUUUGCCGCGUGGUUCCGCCGGCAUCUGAUGGUCUGGAAGAUAUUUGCCCCUCGGUUUAUGUUUGCAGCACCCGUGGUUCUCGUAUCGACAGUAAUUGUGCUUGUAAUCGCGGUUGGGUUUGCCGUCGUGCGCAUUCUCAGAAUUGGUCUUACUGUCGGUAAUGUCCAGGCGCUGGUUGCGCAAAAGACAAAGAUCCGCUAAUUUCAUGUUUUCGAUAUCAAUAUAAUUUUUAAUGUUUACUGAUUCUCGCCGGUGUUGAACAUGCGGCAGUUUGGUCUAUAGAUAUUAAAAUAGUGUUGUUAGU